GAUUCGCCAGAAGGAGAUGAACGCUCGGGAAAGUUCCAGCCAAGCGCAUGCUACGCUGUGAUUGGUUACUUCGAGCCCCUCCUUUUAUGUCAGCAGAACUCAGUGUAUUUAAAUAUGAAGCUGGAUACCUCGUUCUAUAGUAGCGCAAAAUACAGGAACGGUUUCCAAGUUUACACAACGAGAAGAGAGGGGACAAAACACGAACUUUGUCCAUUUUCAGAAAACGGAGAACAUCUGACUGAACCAGGACUUCUGAUCAGUGAACCUUCGCAUCUAAAAGACGUUCAUCUGAAAAUAAUUUUUCCAAAUCAAAGGAAGCAGUGUGCAGGAGAAGGAAAUGUCUGCAUCCAAAGGGGUAGCGAUUGGCAUUGAUUUGGGAACCACCUACUCCUGUGUGGGGGUCUUCCAGCAUGGCAAAGUGGAGAUCAUCGCAAACGACCAGGGCAACAGAACCACUCCCAGCUAUGUGGCUUUUACUGACACAGAACGGCUCAUCGGAGAUGCUGCCAAGAACCAGGUGGCUUUGAACCCCCAGAACACAGUAUUUGACGCUAAGAGACUGAUUGGCAGGAGGUUUGAUGAUCCUAUGAUUCAAGCAGAUAUGAAACACUGGCCAUUUAAGGUGGUCAGUGAUGGAGGGAAACCCAAAGUACAGGUGGAAUACAAAGGAGAGCUCAAGGCUUUUAACCCGGAAGAGAUUUCUUCCAUGGUGCUGACCAAAAUGAAAGAGACUGCUGAGGCAUACUUGGGACAUACUGUAUCUAAUGCUGUCAUAACUGUACCUGCCUACUUCAAUGACUCUCAACGCCAGGCUACUAAAGAUGCUGGGGUGAUCGCUGGUCUGAAUGUCUUGAGAAUAAUUAAUGAGCCUACUGCAGCUGCCAUUGCUUAUGGACUGGACAAGAAAGGCAGAGGUGAGAGGAAUGUUUUAAUCUUCGAUCUGGGGGGUGGUACCUUUGAUGUCUCCAUUUUGUCUAUUGAUGAUGGCAUCUUUGAGGUAAAGGCAACAGCUGGAGACACUCACCUUGGAGGAGAGGACUUUGAUAAUCGAAUGGUAAGUCAUUUCAUUGAAGAGUUUAAACGAAAACAUAAGAAAGAUAUCAGCCAAAACAAGAGAGCAGUCAGGAGGCUUAGGACAGCCUGUGAGAGAGCAAAACGAACCCUGUCUUCCAGCACACAGGCCAGCAUAGAAAUAGACUCCCUGUAUGAAGGCAUUGACUUCUAUACAACUAUUACCAGAGCACGUUUUGAGGAGCUGAAUUCUGACCUCUUCCGUGGCACCUUGGAGCCUGUUGAAAAAGCCUUAAAAGAUGCCAAAAUGGACAAGUCACAGAUACAUGAUAUUGUUCUUGUUGGAGGUUCUACUCGCAUUCCCAAGAUCCAGAAACUGUUGCAAGAUUUCUUCAAUGGCCGUGAACUGAACAAGAGCAUUAACCCAGAUGAAGCUGUUGCCUAUGGAGCCGCAGUUCAGGCAGCAAUCCUGAUGGGUGACAAGUCUGAAAAUGUCCAGGAUCUUCUGUUACUGGAUGUCACACCACUUUCUUUGGGACUUGAGACUGCUGGAGGUGUAAUGACAGUUCUCAUUAAACGUAACACCACCAUCCCAACCAAACAAACUCAGACCUUCACCACCUAUUCAGACAACCAGCCUGGAGUCCUAAUCCAAGUGUUUGAAGGUGAGAGAGCUAUGACCAGAGACAAUAACUUACUUGGCAAAUUUGAACUUAGUGGAAUUCCACCUGUUCCCCGUGGUGUACCACAGAUUGAGGUCACAUUUGAUAUAGAUGCUAAUGGGAUCCUAAAAGUCUCUGCUGUUGAUAAAAGCACUGGUAAGGAAAACAAAAUCACUAUCACCAAUGACAAAGGCAGGCUGAGCAAAGAAGAGAUUGAAAACAUGGUGAAGGAGGCAGAGAAGUACAAAGCUGAGGAUGAGGCCCAGAGAGCGAAGAUAGCUGCCAAGAACUCCUUAGAGUCCUUUGCCUUCAACAUGAAGAGCUCUGUGGAGGAUGAGAACAUGAAGGGGAAGGUCAGUGAGGAGGACAAAAAGAAGAUUAUAGACAGGUGUAAUCAGACCAUCUCCUGGCUAGAGAACAACCAGAUGGCUGAGAAGGAUGAAUAUGAACACCAGCUUAAGGAGCUGGAGAAGGUCUGCAAUCCCAUAAUUUCCAAACUCUACCAGGGUGGGAUGCCCACAGGAUCAUGUAGGUCACAGACUGGUAAUGCUGCAUCACAUGGGCCAACUAUUGAGGAGGUGGACUGAAAGGUACUGUAAUGGACUAUUAACCUGCACAUCAGACAUCAUGAUGUUUAUUUUCUGUAAUGGAAGUAACGACACAUGAAUGUGUUCUGACUAUAAAAAUGUCAACAGUUCUAGUAGUGUAGGUUAUACACCAGUGUAUUUUAGGUAGAAAACAUAUGCAUAAUGUAACAGCUGAUGUUUUUUCCUCAAGUCAGCACUUUUAGCAUUGAGAUGUGCCAGUUAUGUAUAAUUUUGUGACAAGAAGGUGCCAUGUACUUUAUUGAUUAUAUAAUCCAGACUUUAGAUACUGUGUCCUUUUUGUGCAAUAUAUUUAAAAAUGCCAUGGUACAACAGCAGUGUGAGUUAUGCUGCCAGUAAUAUCACAGUAUUUCUAUUGGUAACAUCACUCAUAGUAAGGCUGGUGCACUGAAACUGUCAUUUUGCGGUAACUGUAUAAUUUAUUCCUGUAUUAAAGAGAAAUUAUUAAUUUUUGGACUUUUAUACUUGACAAAAUGUAUAUUAAAUACUGUUAUAUUUAUUUUGUACUAUAUUUUUGAUGAAAAAGAAAACAUUUGCAGCUGGUCUUGCUGUUUUCUUGUCAAAUAAAGUUUGUACUUUUGAGCAAA